AUGCCCGAAGUGCGUCGAGGAAGCACCUCCCAACUCAAAUCAGACUCGGUUCUCUCCUCCACCGACGCCACUCCCACUUCCAUUCCCGCUCCUGCUCCCACCGCAGUCCGAUUCUCGACGCAGUCUCUGAACCGACCCGCAAUCGCCGUCCGCUUCGACGAAGGCGUUGAACCGCCGCCGCGACGAAAUACCAUCGGCCCCGAUCACGUCGAACAGCCCCGUCAGAGCCUCUCCUACUCACAACGGCCCCAAGCCGAAGCAUACUACGACUCGCGAGCCGGCACCCGUGAAGAAUACAGGCGCCGUGGCAAGACCCUGCAGGAAUACUACGACAGUAACCCGCAGCUACUCCCCCAGUUGCCCUUCACUUGGCAUCAUGGCCGGAAACGCUGGAGGCUCUUCAUCUUCGCAUUUCUCGUCUUCGUCGAUGCCUCUGCCAUCCCGAUUGCCCUCUACUAUGGCAUGCACUAUGCUGGCGAUGUCCAGGGCUGGAUCAUCUUCGCCAUCGUCACCACCAUCUGGGGAGGACCGACUUAUCUCGAGUUUGCGAUCCGCACACUACGCCUAAUUAAGAAGGAGAGGUUUUAUCGGCCAUUGGGGAGCACUAGCCGCUGGUGCUUUGACACCUUGAACUGGGCGUCGGUACUCACCAUCACAGUCGUCACAGCACUGUUCGUCGUGGGCAGUGCUCCUCAUAUCGUCUGGCUGAGGGUCCUCUGCAUGCCUGCGCCAGCUAUUCUCUACUGCCUUGGGGGUGUCCUCGCCUUAAUUACCCUGUACAGCCGUAUGGGUUGGCGCGCUCCGUUCCGAAUCAGUUCGACCGAUAAGGGAGAGAAGGUAUUGCCAGGCGUGUACUACUUCAUCGAAGACACCGUGGCAGUCAAUGCCGGUGCAGGUCGGCCCUACCGCGAAGCCCUCGCAGCUCGAUACCACGCAAGCCCACGCUUCCGACGGAUGCUCUACGUUCAGUCUCUCUUUUGGUCGAUUCCGUCCAUAUUACUCGCAGUCCCCCUCACGGUCAUUGCUGUCAUCCCUCAAGUUCCUGCCACGGUGGCUUACGGUAUAUGCUGGGCUGUUCCAUUUCUGUGGGCGAUCCUGUGGGGAGUCAUUAGCAUAAAAUGGUGUAAGAGAGACAUGAUUCGGGAAAGGUUAGAGUGGGAGGCGGCCGAAAAGGUCCCUACGGAUAGCGUCGCGGCGUCAGUAACGGCAUAG